AUGGGCGCGCAUAUGGCUAUGGCUAGGCUUAUGCGCGCACCAACCCUAUCGUUCUUGCUCGCUCUCGUUGUAGCUGCACUCUCUUUUGUGAACAUGUUGCCUGUUGGAUUGUCGGACGCCAGCUCCGACGCCCUGUUACAGUUCAAGGAUUCUUUGGGGGAGAAAGCCGAAGUUCUCAAUUGGGGUAUAACUCCGAAACCAUGCGAUGGUGACACAUCCUUAUGGUUUGGUGUGAUUUGCUUUGAUGGAAAGGUUAGGGGCGUGAUACUCGAAAAUAUGCAGUUUCAGGGACCGCUAAAAGUGGAACCUCUGGCGUCGUUGCCGUUUUUGAAGACUAUACGAUUCAGGAACAAUUCAUUCGAAGGUCCAUUGCCUAAUCUCAGUAUACUUAAGACAAUAAGGUCAGUGUAUUUGACAGGUAAUAGAUUCUCGGGGGAGAUUCCUGAUGACGCAUUUGAGGGUUUGAAUUUCUUGAGAAGACUGCAUUUGGGAAGAAAUGAUUUAUCAGGCCAAAUCCCUUCGUCUCUUGCCGAAUUGCCUAGGCUUAGGGAGGUGGAGCUUGAGGAUAACAAUUUUAGUGGCGAAAUCCCUGAUUUUAAGAGCACGAUGUUAGAUACCGUGGAUUUCUCCAACAAUGAUUUAUCGGGAGAGAUCCCAAAAAGUUUGAGUACGAUGGAUGCCAAAUAUUUUGCAGGAAAUGCAAAGGUAUGUGGUGGGACUACGGGAGUAGCAUGCCCCUCUCCUGCUCCUGCUCCUUCUCUACCGCCAUCUCCAUCUCCAGCUCCUUCUCCUUCUCCUGUCCCGUCUAGCAAGCCUGCAUCACUUGGUCUGAAAAUAGCUUUGGGUGUAGUGAGUGUUCUGCUCAUAUUACUUAUCAUCGCCGUACUUGUGAUCUUUGUCAAGAAGAGGAAGCAACGAUCAGACUUACACCAGGCGGAGUUGUUAGAUAAUUCCUCCAAGUACACGGCAGGAACUGGGAGCCAAGUCGAUACCAAAUCAGUAGAAGCUAAUAAUGUAAACCAUCCAGCAAGGAGGGGUGGUGAGCAAGGAAAAUUGUCAUUUGUGAGGGAUGACAGGGAUAGGUUUGAUUUGCAUGAUCUGCUUAGAGCCUCAGCUGAAAUCUUGGGUAGUGGGAACUUUGGGGCUUCCUACAAGGCUUUGAUACUGACUGAUGCUGUAGUGGUUAAGAGGUAUAAGCAAAUGAACAAUGUGGGAAGAGAGGAGUUCCAUGAUCACAUGAGAAGGCUUGGGAAAUUGACACACCAAAACUUGUUACCACUUGUGGCCUAUUAUUAUAGAAGGGAAGAGAAGCUCUUAGUUUCUGACUUUGUGGAGAACAGUAGCUUGGCUUCUCAUCUUCAUGGCAAUCACAACCUGCAGCUUGGACUAGACUGGCCAACUCGGUUGAGAAUAAUCAAAGGCAUAGGAAGGGGUUUGACAUACCUCUACAACACACUCCCAAGCUUGGUUGUACCUCAUGGUCAUCUGAAAUCCUCCAAUGUGCUUCUGGAUGAAAACAUGGAGCCCCUACUGAACGACUAUGCUCUACUCCCCGUGAUCAACAUGGAUCAGGCCCAACACCUCAUGAUGGCCUACAAGUCACCCGAAUACACGCAGCACCGCCGAAUAACAAAGAAGACGGACGUGUGGUGCUUCGGGAUAAUCAUCUUGGAGGUGUUGACAGGCAAGUUCCCAGAGAACUACAUAAUGCCAAGUUAUGACAGUAAAGAAAAUUUGGGGAGCUGGGUGAAUGGAAUGAUCAAGGAGAAGAAGACUAGUGAGGUGUUUGAUGUAGAAAUGGGGAAUGUCGGUAAUAGCAAAGGUGAACUUCUAAAGCUGUUGAAGAUUGGAGUGAGUUGUUGUGAGGAGGAUGUGGAGAGAAGGCUAGACUUGCAUGAAGUUGUUGUGAAGAUAGAGGAGUUGAAUGAAGGAGAAAGUGAUGGGGACUAUCGCUCAAGUGUUUCAAGUGAAGGAGGAGACGAUGAUCAUACUUCUCUAGCUGUGUGAUUACGAACACUAUGAGUUACUU